GUCAUUACACAAGAAGGGGAGAGAGAGAGAGAGAGAGAGAGAAAGAGGAAAAGAGAGGGAGAUAGAAAAGAGAGACGAUAUCGGAGAUAUUCGGGAAAAUGGAGAAGCAAAGACAGCAGACAGGUCAGCAUGCAUACGAAGAAGAAUCGAGGAAGCUCGAAAUGCGCGAUCAAAUAAACGUAGGAAGUUCAAGUACCGGUAUAGAUGGAUGGAAAUCGAGGUCGACUACUGAUGGCCUUUUACGAGAUGGAAAAAAAGCAAUCAAGAUUAAUUCUAUCUCAAAUGUUGCAAAUAUCGAGAUAGAAACGAUCGGAAGCGAAUAUCAGAGCGGACGAGGCGAACAUACGAUAAAGUAA